AUGCAACGAAUGGAUGAUACGACACAGGCCAUAACACAUCCACGGGAAUCGACGUAUACAUCCCCCUUGUGUACCGCGCGCAAUUCAGAUUCGGAUACGGAGUCCGUUUUCCUGUCCCACAUUCUUUCUCGUUCCGGCUCAAUGCAAUCCCUCGAUCGGAAAGGAUCAGCUCGUUCGUUCUCCAUCACCGCGGCCUUGUCUUCCGCAUCGUCUGCCAGCGAUUCCGAUUCCACAUCGAGUGAUAACGGUUCCGGACGAUCUCGUCUACGUGAUGGUGCCCGAAUCCGAUCGCCCGCGGGCAGUAAUGUUAUCCCGCUUCGGUUCGCCCUCGAGUUUGCACAGUCAUUCACACGCAGCUGGCCAAAAACGAUCCAUCACACGGACGGAACGGUCCUCUCCACUAGUGAUGUUCAGUCGUUGGCACCGGCGUUGCAGCUUACUGUCACACUGGCUCGUGUGCUGCAUGCGAACGCCGCCUACUUGCAUCAUUUGUUGAAUACUCGAGCCCCCGUACCAGACACAACAGUCCGAACAGACCGGGCAAACAAGUGGCGCAAACAGUUGCAAACUAUUCGGUCAGUUGGUCGAUUUCACCUGGACAGUUGUUUCCACGCAUCCCUAAUCAUGGCUUUACAAUUUAUAUGUUAUACGGUUGUGUAUUGGUUGAUAUUCCGUUGUUCUGUUUCGACAGUUCUGUCUCUUUCUCUCUCCGUGUGUUUGUACUGCAUCAUUGGUCCAGUGUUAUUGCUAGUAGUAUUAAACCUAUAA